AUGAGCCUUUCUCAGCUACCCACUGAGAUCCUGUGGAUCAUUUCAUCCUAUCUUUUGCGCCAAAGCGACAUAUACGGAUUGGUUCGAACAAACCGUCGUCUGUACCAAGAGCUGAUAAAGUCUCUGCACUAUUGGAAUGCUCAGUACGAUCAUGGGUCGGCGUUCCCUGUUGCUGCCGAGUACAAUCUCCUUCCGCAACUUAGAAAUAUCUUAGUCGGAUUAGAUCUUGCCCGAACUAAAUCUCACUCGCCUCCCCAGCCAGGGACCCAUGUGCCCCAUUUGACCCGACGUCAGGGAAACCUGGGUGUUGUGAAAAGGGACCGGGGCCGGAAAGAAGAGGAAAGAAGAUCAGAUCCCUACUGGGAGGACAUCUACACUCAUCCUCUUCUCUCGCGAGGAUACUGCUUUAUGAAUAUUAUCAAUAUUCAGCAUGCCCUAGCGAUAGGUAUUAAGGCUGGACAUAAAGAGGUUGUUCAGGCUCUGUUAGAUUUUGGUGCAGAAGUCAACUUCUAUCGUGGAAGUCAUACUGCAAACCCACUUCCAUCAGACUAUACCAGCAUAAGAUGGCAUAGCCAGGAAGUUGACAUUGACAACCCACCAUUGUUUAUAGCUGUGCAGUAUGGACACACUGAAAUGGUGAGUAAGUUACUCGAGCAUGGUGCUGAUCCACAGCGAUACACCCCUUCGCCCUUGUACCGCGCGGUUGAAGAUAAUCAUCGGGAAAUCGUUUCUGUUCUACUGAAAAGGGAUAUGCGAUCCCAGAAAUCAGCAUUAAAACUUGCUACAUUACGAGGGAACUACUUAAUGGUUGAAUUUCUUCUAUGUAAUGGCUUGAAUGCCUCAGAGUAUGGGAAUGCUAGCCUACAUGUUGCUGAAAUGAAAGGUUACAAGAACAUGGCUAAUUUACUGAAACUUCAUGGUGCGACCAUUGAUACACUCUCCGAUGGUGACAGAGAGAACUGGGAAGCAGAGGAAAGAGAUGGCACCGACCGCCCCAUCGGAUAUGGGUGGUGCUCUGGUGCUCCUGAAGAAGGGUAUCCUGAUGACUCUUCAGACUCUGAGUCUGAAAGUAUAAAUUCAAUGUGA